AUGGAUAACUCUGAUCACAAAGUAAUCAUAAAUGCAAUGAAUGCAUUAUUCGAUGAAAAUGUUGUGAAAGAAUAUUCUGCAAUUGGAAUUCCGCUUACACAUUUAUCACCAAAUGAAUUUAUCAAUGAUUUAUUGAAAUCUUUAAAAAAUGAAAGUGCUAUAAAAGCCUACGAAAUAUUAAAGAUUUUGACACAAUAUGCUUUGAAUGAGAAAAUUGAUGCAAAUACUAAAUCAAAGAUAAUAAAUUACUUAGCAAAAGAAAUUGAUGAAUUAAAAUCAAAAAAGCCUAUUAGUUAUUAUUAUACAGAUAUAAAAAUUCGUUUUACGACUACAUUAAAAAACGAAUUAUAUAAAGCAUGA